AUGUGCUGUGAUCGCUUUCACCCACACCCAUGGUACUCCCGUCACACAUGUGGCGCUGCGGAUCUCCGUCGCGGGUUCAUCGAAUGGUCUUAGCGAUCCGCAUGCAGCGGUAUCGAGCGGCGACCCUGGUUCGUUCUACCUUGUGGGUGUUUUGCUAGAUGUUGCGGGUGCUGGACUGGGUAGCUUCGAAGCUUGGCGGGCAGAGUGGAGAACAUGGCACUGCACCCCACGAAUACGGCGCGCCGAAUUGCAACCUCACCACAGCUCCACCACCAACACAGUCGUCGCUUUGCAGCUAGACACUCGUCUGUACACAAAUCUCACCACCCACCAUGGCCAACAUCAACUGGCGGACGAUCAACAUCGACGCCUUGGAUCCCGACAGCCCCGCCAACUUCGACCUAAGCUCCCUCGCUCCCGCCGUUGCGCCUGUCUCGACGGCCGAUGUCCAGGCCAACGCCCAGCAAAUACGGCAACUGCUACGGGGUGGUGACAAUGAGGGGGCCCUCCAGAGUGCAUUGGAGAACCCCCCAUAUGGCGCAGACGACAAGGGCAAGGAAGUCCACCUUGCGACCGUCAUCGAGAUCCUACAAUCCAUACGCCAGUCGGACAUGUCACCAAUGCUCAGCCGGAUAUACGGUGCACCGGGUGGAACCGAAGCAUUGGACGUCCUGAUGAAGUACAUUUACAAAGGCAUGGCACAGGGAGCACCGUCAGGCACCAAGCGCGACAUCACCCCCCAACCGACCGGCUUCUCGCAGAUUCAUACUCGUGGCGGCGGCGAGGGUGGCGGCCAAGCCAUGAGCGUACUGCUCAGCUGGCAUGAGAAGCUUGUGGAGAUAGCAGGCCCAGGUUCCAUUUCUAGGGUCAUGAGCGAUCGCCGGACAGUUUGAAGUCGUCGUCGCAGUUGCAAUCAAGACAAAGCGUCAUUUCCAAAU